CCGGCCUGCCCUCAGCCCAGGUGGCCGCUGCCCGCCGAGCCGUGCCGAGCCGAGCCGCCUGCGAGUCUGUUGUAAGGAGUUUGGAGGGCUCAGGACAUACUUGCCAGCUCCCUGCUGCUCCCCUGUCAUCUCCCUCUCAGCUUAACUGAAAUCUGCAAAAAUUCCUUGCUGCAAGAAAACGGGGGUGAUGUCAUCAGAAGAUGAUGCUGGCGGGGAGGCUCCUGGGGGCAGUUUCUGGGAGGCUGGAAACUACAGGCGGACAGUGAAGCGUGUGGAUGAUGGCUACCGGCUCUGCAAUGACUUGAUCUCCUGCUUCCAGGAGCGAGCCAAGAUAGAGAAGAACUACGCCCAGCAGCUAACAGAGUGGUCCCGUAAGUGGAGGACCAACGUGGAGAAAGGUCCACAGUAUGGUACUCUGGAGAAGGCCUGGCAUGCUUUCCUGACGGCUGCAGAUAGACUUAGUGAAAUCCACUUAGAUGUCCGGAACCACCUGGCUGGCGAAGAUUCGGAUAAGAUCAAGGCCUGGCAGAAGGAGGCCUACCACAAGCAGAUGAUUGGGGGCUUCAAGGAGACAAAGGAGGCAGAGGAUGGGUUCCGCAAGGCCCAGAAGCCCUGGGUGAAAAAGAUGAAAGAUGUAGAGACCUCUAAGAAAAACUACCAUGCAGCCCGGAAGGAGGAGAAAACGGCCCAUACAAGGGAGAACCAUGCCAAGGCAGACUCCUCGGUCUCACAGGAGCAGCUGCGCAAGUUGCAGGAGCGUGUAGAGAAGUGCACUCAGGAGGCUGAGAAGUGCAAGGAUCAAUACGAGAAGAUGCUAGAAGAGCUGAACCGCUACAAUCCCCGCUACAUGGAGGACAUGGAGCAAGUGUUUGAGGGCUGUCAAGAAGCAGAGCGCAAGCGAUUGUGCUUCUUUAAGGAGAUGUUCCUGAAUCUGCACCAGCAUCUCAACCUCUCCACCAGUGAAAGCUUUCAAGCAUUGUAUCGAGAUCUCUACCAAGUCAUCAUGGCUGCAGACAACCAGGAAGACCUGAAGUGGUGGCGCAACACUCAUGGGCCAGGCAUGGCAAUGAAUUGGCCUCAGUUUGAGGAAUGGUCCCUGGAAACACAGCGGCCGAUCACCAAGAAGGAGAAGAGCGGUAAGAUGGCCGACGAUGUCACGCUGACCAGCAUUUUGCCUGCACGGGAUGGUGUUCUUUCACAGACCCCUCUGCAGACAAGGCGAGGGUCUUCCUAUCAAGAGGAGCAGAACAGCUUCUAUGACAGCCUGAGGGCACCCACAUUUGUGAAUGGGGGAAAGGAAGACAUUUCGGAGUGGUCAGAUGAGGACACUCCAAAGAAGUGCCUGGAUGCCAACGGGCAUGAGGAGGACAUAAAGGUACCAGGUGUACGGGUACGAGCACUGUAUGAUUACACAGGACAGGAGGCUGAUGAGCUGAGCUUUAAAGCAGGUGAAGAACUAAUGAAAAUUAGUGAGGAAGAUGAGCAGGGCUGGUGCAAGGGCCGACUUCUCACUGGCCAGGUUGGACUCUAUCCUGCUAACUAUGUUGAGAAGGUUGGAUCGUGAUUGCUACUGCCCUGUUAGUGUCUCACAGCCGUGCCAGCAUCUCUUGCAGAGGUCACUGGGUCACUGCUGGCUCCAAUCCGCCUUUGCAGUAUAUCCAACACCUUCUGGACUCUGAGGGCAUGUAUUCCAUGUAACUAAUGCUUCAUUUUAAAUGCAUAGACCUGUAGGGAUUUUCUAAUAAAUAAACAAGGAUGAGUAAGA